AUGCCGGCCGACUACAAGUCCGCGGCAGCAGGCCUGGCUGUGCCCCCGUCUCCGGACAGCGAGACCCCUUCCGCCGCAUCCGCCGCCGCACAGCUCGCCAACUCCUCCAGCCGGGACGAGCACGACGACGCCCCCUUCCGCGAUGACAGCGACCACGAAGAGCAUCAACGCGCAGACUCACCCCCGUCGUUCGGCCGCGACGAACGUCCGCUCCCGUGGGUCCGCCACAGCGGCGGUGGCAGCAAUGCCCAUGGCAAUACACGGUCCUCCCGCCGGCUGUCGGCGCCCUACUCCCUCAACUCGCGCACCUCGGCGACCCGCGACGGCUCUGUCCGCGGCCAGUUGUCAGCGCUGGCUUCCUCGUCGGCAAAGACGGCAAACAACCUGUACAGGCAGUCCAUAACCAUGUAUAACGGCCUGACGCCCACGCAGAAGGUCCUAUUCAUCAUCGGCGGCAACCUCCUCGGCGUGCUCACCAUCGUUCUGCUCAUCUUCUCCCACAAGAUCUUCACCCUUCUCGGGCCAGUUGCCGUCUCGUGGCGCGAGCUGCCCGCGGGGUGGCUGAUAAUCUGGGCCGCGACCUUCUUCGUGGCGUUCCCGCCCAUGAUCGGCUACAGCACGGCGUGCACGGUGGCCGGGUUCGUGUACGGGUUCCCCCUCGGGUGGCCGAUCGUGGCGACGGCGACGGUGGCCGGGUCGGCGGCGGCGUUCGUGGCGUCGCGGACCGUGCUCAGCGGCUACGUGGACCGGCUGGUCGGCAAGGACAAGCGCUUCGUGGCGCUGGGCCAGGUGCUGCGUCACGACGGCCUCGGGGUGCUGGCGCUGGUGCGCUUCUGCCCGCUCCCCUACAGCCUGAGCAACGGCUUCCUCGCCACGGUGCCCAGCAUCCAGCCCCUCAGCUUCGCCAUCGCCACCGCCUUCUCCAGCCCCAAGCUGCUGGUCCACGUCUUCAUCGGCUCGCGCCUCGCCAUGCUGGCCGAGAACGACAUGACCUUCGGCGACCGCCUCGUCAACUACGCCUCCAUGCUCGUCGGCGGCCUGGUCGGCAUGGGCGUCGGCUACUUCAUCUACCGCCGCACCAUGGCCAGGGCCGCGGAGCUGGCCAGGGAGGAGGCACAGGCCGGGCGGCCGCUUGGAAGCGGCAGGACGCCGGGCGCCGAGUAUGCGGACGACGACGUCGGCGAGGGCGGCGAGGACGCAAGGCUGAUGGAUCCUAACGACGCCGCCGCGCUGAUGGUCGAUGACGACGACAUCUCGCUGUGGGACGCCGCGGGCGACAGUCAGUUUGAGGACGAGGACGAGCACGCGAGGUAUCGGGAUGAGGAGGAGGCUGUCGAGGGCCACGGCAAGGCGAGUGGACCAGGCGGCGCGCAGGCCUAG